AAAUAUAAUUUUCAUCUGGUAAGCAGAUGGGUGAAGGUCGACCUUACUUGGGAUCUUAGACUAUAAAUUGUCACCCUUUAUUAUAAAAAUACAAUUGUGCUGUCAUAAUUUUUGACUUCUAUCAAACAUUAUAUGUUCUUAUACAUAUUUAUACAAAAAUGUCUGAUAUUGGAGAGGAUGGUAAUGUUAAAGAAGUAAUGAAAGAAACGCGAUGUUUAAUAACUGAUUUAAAUUUAAUUAGAGAUGAAAUAAUAACAAAAGAAACUCCGGAAAUAAGCAUGAUUCAAGACAAGUUCACGCAAAUAUCUCAACAAAUAGAGGAAAGAAAAAAGUUUAUAAACAAUAGGCUCGAAGUUAUUUCAAAAUUGGACUUAAUCAUAAACAUUUUAAAAUAUAAAAUUUAUGAAGUCAGAUAUGAAUGCCGAAAAAAUUUGGAUAUGCUCCAUAUAAGAAAGCAAAAACUAAGAAAUGCUUGUUUUAAAGAUUUAACGGAAAUGCAGGUUGCAAUGGAAUUGGAAGAAAUUGAUAAUCAAAUGAAGGAAGAACAAAGAAAUGUUGAAAUACAACUUGAAAGUCUAAAAGAGCAAAAAAUUGAAAUCCAACUUGAAUAUGAAAGCAUAAUAAACACAAUGGACAUAGACAUGGAACAAAUUUUGGAAUUAUACAACAAUUUACUUGGUACCGUUGAAGAAGAAAAAAUGGAGGCUGACCCCAUAGACAUUGAAGUUAUAGAAGAAAAAUCAAGACCCACUAUAGACGAGUUUAAAAAAGAUAUUGACUAUUUCAACGAAAUUAAAUUAAGUGGUUGGAGAAUUUCAAAUUCCGAAGAAAAACUAUCAGAUGUUCUGGAAUCAAAAGGUUUAAAAAUUACAAAAGAUGGACUUUUAAUAACAGAAUCUGGAAGAUUAAUAACAAUACAAGAAGCUAAAGAAGAAGAUUAUUUGCAAGGUAUAGAAUUAGAUAUGGAAAAAUCCCCAUUAAAUGAACAAUCAGACGUGGUUUCCUCAAAAACAUCCAAAACAAAAACCACCACCAGUGAAGCUAGUUCGGUUUAUUCUAGAAUGGACUCGGAAGAUGUAAGUUACUUAAAAGAAAAUUUAGGAAAACCUUUAACAUUAGCAUUGGCUGAAAUAACAGCAGUUCAACCAAGGGACCCCAUACAUUACUUAGGCCAUUGGCUUUUCAAAUUCAGAUAUAAUCAAGAACUGGAUGAAACCCAGCAAAUCGAAAUUGACGCCUUAACAGCUGAGCGAGAUCGUUUGGCUAAAGAAAGAUGGCAUAAAUUUUUGGAAGAGGAAGCAAGAGCUGCUGUAAUGGAAAUGAUUAUGAGAGCAGAGGAACAAGCAAUGAAGAAUGAGCUUCAAAGAAUUGCUGAUGAGAUGGCAGCACUAGAAGAUGAAGAACAUGAAGAAAAUUUUGAAGAUGAAGCCAGGGAUGUUUUGGGCGAAUAUACUGGCCCUAAAACGAUUUCCAAAAUUAAUCCAUAACAUUUUUUAUUUAUAAAAACACAUUUUAAUAUAUACACUAU